UCAGUGGCAGAGCAUUGUCGUAGUGCUAAUUCCUUUGUAGUGUGUUUUGGGUCUUAUUCCAGCAGGAUUCCCAUCCACCAGAUACGAUCCCACCAAUAAACCCAAUAUGGCCAGUAGAGACCUACAGAGACCAUUAUAGUUUCCAUUAAAUUCCCAUUAUAACCCUCAAAUCUAUAGGAUUUGUGUGAUGGUUUCUAAUAUAUUUUUCCUCAGCAGGGUUGUUGGUGCAGCUCAUUAUCUAUAACGUUUUUAAUACAUUAAUAAAACCAAAAUCAAAAACUUUUUUACAUUUUAAUGGUAAAUACAUCCUCCAGAUCUGAGAUGAGUUGUGACUGGGUCACUGGAAACGCAACACUGAGCGCAUGUGUCGUGUAUUAAUCCGCUUACGGCAGCAGAUGCGCGUCUGUCAAUCAAGCAGAGCCGGGCGCGCGCGAACUUGAGAGCACGAGAGAAAGAACGCAGCAGGUGCGCACGGGAGCCAAAACAACCAUCCAAAAAAAGUAAAUAAAUGUUACUUAACUAGUCAUGUAAGUGGUAGUAUCGACAAAAUCUAGUUAAUUUACCGGGAAACGUAAUGCCAUCGCUGGAUGAAACUGAACCUGUGAAUAAAGACUGCGGCGCGCCUCCGGUUCCGCCGAGAGCGACUCUUCACCGUACUGACGCGCCGGCGCCCGUCGUACCUGUGCGCGAGGUCAAGUGUGUACUGGUCGGGGAUGGCGCGGUCGGUAAAACCAGUUUGAUCAUCAGCUACACCACUAACGGAUACCCGGCUGAACACAUCCCUACUGCAUAUGAUCGCUUCACAGCUAAGGUUGUAGUGGAUGGUAGACCUGUUCAACUUCAGCUGUGUGACAUGGCAGGACAGGAUGAGUUUGAUCGCCUCCGUCCGCUCUGUUACCACAACGCUGAUGUAUUCUUGCUGUGCUACAGCGUCAUUCUUCCAGUCUCCUUUAAGAACGUCAUGGACCGCUGGGCUCCAGAAGUCCAUCGCCUGUGUCCGGGCAUCCCAGUGAUCCUCGUGGGCACCCAGUGUGAUUUACGUGAGGACGUGCAGGUACUGAUCCAACUGGCAGACAAGCAGGAGAAACCGGUCAGCGAGGACGAAGGCCGUUUGUGCGCCCGUAGCAUCGGUGCUGUGACCUUUGCCGAAUGCUCGGCGCUGACGCAGAAGAACCUAAAGGAAGUGUUUGAUGCGGCCAUCGUGGUGAGCAUGCAGCAGGAGGGGGCGUGGCUAAGGAGACAGACAUUUAGAGACAAAACACCAGAUAAAAUCAAGCAGCUGUCAGAAACGUGGUGGAGAAAGUUGAGCUGUUUAGUUUAAAAAACUGGGUUGUAAAAAGAUUACAAGACAAUCAUAAUAUAAGGAGUCUCUUUCUUACUUCGAUAAAUCAAUGCAGUCGGAAUUGAAUGGAAAUGAAAAGUGAUCUCAGUACAUCAGACAGGUCACAGUGGUGUACUGAGCAGGAAGUUUCUGGAAUUUAAGAGGGCUUGGUGACAUCAACCGAAACUGAAAAUUGUUUUCAAACUGGAGAAAGUCAAAUGAAAGAUUACAAAAAUAUUUUUUUUCUUUGGAAUAACCUAGCAAAUAUGUAAGAAAACGUGCCCAAAUAACGUGUGUUCAAAAGUAUCCAUUUUGAUUUCACAUUGAGUGUACUCCUAAAAAAGUGCUUAUAUGUAUGAUUUAGGUGCAAUACCUAUAUGUAUCUAUAAGGUAUCAAUUAUGUACCUUUUAGGUACUUUUUAGAAGGGUACGACCCCAAUAACAUCUUAGAUAUAACAUAAUAUCUAUUAUAUAGAAUGUAAUUACUUAUUUAUUUAUUUAUUCAUCAGUUAGUCUGGGCCAAAAGGACAGGACGUCAUGUAGUCUUACCUGUUAUUUGUUGUACUUGGUACUGUAGACAUGCGUUUGGAUGAUGCAGGAUUGUUUGUGUCAGUUUGCUACUGUAUGUCACAUUGCUUUCACAUCACAAGAUUAACCCGUGAACAGACUGAAGAUCAAGAUGAGACGUGACAAAAAGAGAAUCCAACACCUGU